UGCACAAAUCGUGUCAUCUUUGUGACCAUUGCUAGACACAGCGAAGGACACUGGAUGUACAGUGUUUCCUGUUAAAUUCAUUACUCGGCUGAUAAAAAGCACUUAGCUGUUAUGACCUGUGUAGAGUACAUCCUUCAGCCAAAGGUCAGAGAAACAGCGCGAGCUGACCUAGUUUGAACUGAAAGACUCCCUCUCACCUGUAUUUAGCGCAGGUGCAACGUGUGAAAGCUGUCAUCCGAUUUAUCGUGCUCACUACAUACACAAGGAGAGAAUCUAUAGAUAGCGGGACUUGACAAACGGCUACUGUCGGUAGAAACAACAGCAAGUGACGAGAAAGUACAGAACAGAACCAGUAGAGACUGCAACAACCUCACAGUAGAAGUGUUGUCAGUGUCGUCAUGGAUAUGCGAUGUACUGUGGUGAUCCUCCUGAUGUUUCUGGCUGGAGUCGACACGUGUUUAAGAAGAGCGGAUAUAGAAAAUUUCUGGGGGAAAAAGGAGGUUGAUGAUAAGCCAUCAAAACCUGCCAAAACAAGGCCAUCAAAACCUGCGACUACCAAGCCACCAACACCUGGGGACGAGGACAAAGUGUGGCCGUGCGGUCUGUGUGGCUCUCCGAUAGAUGUGACGCUGCACGUGGAGAACACCCUCAAAGAACCCUUCUUCAAUGAGAGCAUCUUUCUUGAAGGGCUGAACCAGCGGCAACUGUUCCACUUUCUGCAUGAGGCUGCUAACCAAAAUAAAAUUUUUAGAUUUUCAAUGACGCACUAUGGAGCUGAACUAGGCUUCAUGAUUGAUUCUAUUAAUGGCUUGAAAUCUGAGUGGGUAAAUGGCAAAUUGAACUACUGGCGGAUCCUGUAUAUUAAUGGCACUGCCCUGGAGUUCGGCGUUAGUACAUUCAUACCGGAGGACAAAGAUGAAUUCAUCUUUCGGUAUGUAACCUGGCCAGGCUACAUAUGAAUUCAUCUUUCGGUAUGUAACCUGGCCAGGCCGUAAGACAACUUGAUUUGAUAACAGAUCUCCAUCCUCUCUACUGUGACAUAAACUAUUUGAAUAAACAAACAUCGGGCCAGCUGAUCUACUGAUGGGCAAUUUAAUUCUGCUUCUAUCGCGGUGCCUACUUUUAUCCGAUUCUAAAUGAGUCCGAAAGGUUUCAUUUAUAUAUAUAUAACUUGUGUUUCUUUGAAGAUCCCCCUCCUCUAAGUUUGAUAACAAUAAUAUUCAUGCUUUUCGCAAAAAAAUGUGACAUGUAUCAUUUUACAAUAUAUUGCUUUUUUUCUUCCUUAAACACACGCACACACGAUUGUUUAUCUCAAAUGGAGAGAAUAAAAAACUUUCUUUGAGCCUAUGCUUGUCAUGAACAAAUUAAUAAAAGUCUAUGAAAAAAACAA